AUGGCGUACAACAAAUCAUACAACCCGGAUGCGCUGCCAGCGCACGCGGAGCCAGAACAAGUCGCCCAGAUGAUCGGUUCAUUGAGUGUAGGAGGCUCCCAAAGCCACUCCAACCACUCCUCCGCACACAGUCAAAGCAUCGCUCAAAAGCCUCUACCCUCACGUCCACCACCAACAGGACCAAGUGGUGUUCCCCCUCGCGUCCCUGUAUCCAGCGCACCGCCACAGAACGCCUACGUCGCCGCGCCUCCACGUCUCGACCCCCAAACACACCACUCCUACAGCGGCCGAUCCCCAUCCACACACCCCCUCCCAAGCCAAACCCACAGCCACAGCCACAGUCAGAGUCACAGCCAAAGCUACAGCCAAAGCCAAAGUCGCCCACACCCUCUCCACCCCUCCCCACCACCCCAAAACUACGGCUUCGGACCACCACCCGCGCACCGCAAUCGGCCAGCGCCUUCAUCGCGCCCGCCCCAAUCUCCCGCCCCUCCACCCUUAACAGCCCCCAGCAAUGACCCGCAACAACUCUUCCCACUUUUCCGCGCAGCCAACUUCUCCCACUCCGGUACUCUGACCGAGAACGAACUGGGCUCCGCCCUGGUCAACGGGGACUAUACCUCCUUCCACCCGCGCACCGUGCGAUUGAUGAUCCGGAUGUUCGAUCGAGACGGCAGUGGGACAAUCAACUUCGACGAAUUCGUUUCACUGUGGCGGUAUCUGGCUGCGUGGCGGGAACUAUUUGAUCGAUUUGACGAAGACCGCAGCGGGCGCAUCAGCAAGGCUGAAUUCGAGAAUGCGCUUGUCGCAUUCGGAUACAGGCUUAGUCCGAAGUUUAUUGGGGUUAUAUUCGGUGUUUUCGAGGCAAAGGGGAAACAAAUGCAUACCUCGAAGGAUCCUGUUCGUCAGGGUAUGAGCUUUGAUUUAUUCGUUCAGGCUUGUAUUAGCUUGAAGCGUAUGACGGAUGUUUUCAAGCGCUACGAUGAAGAUAGGGAUGGUUAUAUUACUUUGAGCUUUGAGGAGGCUUUGACGGAAAUUCUUCUGUUGCAGGAGUAG